UUAAUAUUGACAUUACUGCGGGCGGGUUUGUGACCUGGAUGUCUAAAUUUUCGUCACGGGGUUGGUCACGGAUAUUAUGACGUCACCACCUUGAUGAAGUUGGAGUUAGAAUGGGCGGUAUUUUUUGCAGUAAAGCUAGUAUAGUUAGCAUUACGCGGGGCUUAGGAAAGGAUUAUUUUUCGCGCGCUGUGAGCAAACAAUUUUGAACGUCAAAGGAUUAUUUGGACUUAAGUCAAAUCUUGAGUCUUUGAAUUAUUAAGUUGAAGAUUGUCGCUUGGAAGGGGAUGGAAAGUAACGGGAAAGUUCAGAAUUUCACUUUAAGUGUUGAUGAUGAUGACCGUGGGAGUCUCAAGGGUCAUGAAGGAGCCUCUCGCCGGGCUUGGUUCAGCUCUGAGAACGUGUUGCUCUGCCUGCUGAUCCUAUCUGUCAUAUUGGGCUUCGUUAUCGGCUACGUCUUGAGUGUCACGGUGAAGUUCACGCAGGAGCAGAUUGACUACAUCAGCUUCCCCGGGACACUCUUCAUGAGUAUGCUGAAGAUGAUGAUCAUCCCACUGAUUGUCUCCAGUCUCGUGGCGAGCCUGGCAUCCUUAGAUUCUACCAUGACCGGAAAGCUAGGUUACCGUGCGGUUAUCUACUACAUGGCUACUACCAUCAUCGCUGUGGUUCUUGGCAUUGUCUUGGUUCUCAUCAUCCAACCUGGAGGUGGCUCAGAAGAUGUUGUUGAUUCAGAGAAGAAGGAAGAUGAUGUUAACAUCGUCUACGCCGUCUUGGACCUCAUUCUGAAUAUGUUUCCAUCCAAUAUCGUCGAGGCCUGCUUCAGAACGUUCAAGACGUCCGUGGAGACAGAAGUUAUACCCAUCUUACCUUUGACCUCGGCUGACCUCCUUGGGCUGACCCUGAUGUCCGGAAUGACCAUCAACCAAACUCUGUUUAUGGUCGAGACAAGUCUUGUCAGCUCCCGGAUGAAGACUAUAGACUUCGCAGAACAACGAUUAAACAACACGGAGGUAAUGAUCGACAUCGAGGAGUUUCUUCGCCGCAUGGAGCUCAGCCGAGACUCGAUCACCGGUAUCAGCUUGGCGUCAAGCCCGCCUCCUCCCGACAAAAGUGACCUGGACAAGGACAUAGCGGACCUUGACCAGGUUCUUGAGGAGCUGACUUCUUUUACAGACGCCCUCAACGUUACCAGUAUACACGAGAGCAAUAUGACUCAACUCCAGAUGUACGUGGUCAUCGCAUUUGACGAAAUGCACCAGGCACAGAUGAGGAUGCUGGACAUCCUGAUGGCCCUCGACACAAGUGACGUCACGGCGGCCAUGUUGAAAGACAUGGGCGUUUCUUUACAAGAGAACACGGCUGCUUUAUCCGAAACUCUUUAUAUACUGGAUGGACGCAUGCGUGGAAUUCAAAUGAAGCACAUGACUUCCAUUCUGAAUAAGUUUACGGCUCUUCUUGAGCACCAUGAUUCUCUAACUACCGCAGACCUGAACCGACAGACCGGCAAGCUGACGGUAUCAACCCUUAGCCUCUCAACAGCCGUGAUGGACGACGUGGACUCACAACAGCAUUUAGCCGUCGGGCACCUCACAAAUAGCCUCACACGCCUCACAGUGAACACCAUGUACCUCAUGGAUACCAUGGGGAUGGAUACAGAGAUGAUGACAACCGUGAACACGCUCGUGAGUAACCUAACCACUGCUCUCGCUCAAGUAUCAGCCACCGUACACUCGCCUAAGACGAUGAGUGCCAUUGACAUAAUGGACCUUAACACCUUGGUAGUGGAGAUGACCUCGAUGACAUCUGACCUUGAGGUCAUUCUUGAGGAGGCUACUAACUACCUCGUCCACCGUGAGUCGACAGGAGAGGUGAAGAAAACUUACAAGGGGACAUACGUGUACCAGAUGAACAUUAUGGGCCUGGUGGUUUUCAGUAUCGUCUUUGGGAUCGCGUUGGGGCGAAUUGGUCGCACGGAGGAAGGGAAGAUUUUGCUAGCCUUAUUUACAGCCGUUAACACGAUCAUCAUGAAGCUUGUACAGGCCCUUAUGUGGUACGCACCCGUUGGUAUCCUGUUCCUGAUCAUCGGUAGUAUGGCACAGGUUGAAGAUUGGGUUACCACUUUAGCUCAGCUUGGUAUGUACAUGGUCACGGUGAUAGCUGGUCUGGCCAUCCACGGACUCCUACUCCUACCGGGGUUAUACGUCAUCUUCACCCGCAAGAAUCCAUUUAAGUACCUGGUGGGAUGCUCCUAUGCUUUGGUGACAGCUCUUGGAACAUCUUCAAGCUCGGCAACCCUGCCAGUCACAACCACUUGCUUAGAGGAAAGGAACGGCGUAGACAGUCGGGUGGUACGCUUCAUGUUGCCGGUGGGGGCGACGAUCAACAUGGACGGUACUGCUCUUUACGAGGCAGUGGCGGCCAUUUUCAUCGCGCAGAUUAACAACGUGUCACUGAAUUUAGCCCAACUUAUCACAGUCAGUUUAACAGCUACAUUUGCCAGCAUUGGGGCUGCUGGUAUCCCUCAAGCUGGACUGGUAACCAUGGUGAUCGUUCUGAGUGCUGUUGGCUUGCCAACUGAUGACAUCGCACUCAUUCUUGCGGUAGACUUUAUUCUGGAUCGUCUUCGAACCAUGAUCAACGUAGAGGGCGACUCAAUCGGAGCAGGAAUCGUUGCCCAUCUGUCCAGGAAGGAUCUCGCCUCUGAAGACAAACGAGAAAAGGAUACAUUGGUAUUUGAGAACGGUCACGUCAUAUCUGAGAACGAGGUUGAUGACGGCACUGGAACGACAAACGGAGCUUUUAUCAUGCCUAUGGUGACCGAUGAUGAACAUACCAAAAUGUGAAGCUAAUGCUUUAUAAUUAAAUAACAGUAUAAAUCAUACACAUGGCUGCACAAAGAACCUGAGCGUUUGACAAUAAAAGAGAAAGACAAUCAUAAUGUAAAAUAAAAUUGAGGGGGAGUGGCAGGAGA